GCAGGAUCGCUGGCAGCCUGACCUGUCUAGCGAGAUCACCGCGAUACGUUCCCAGCAAAACUUGCGGGCGCAAUUUGCGGACUUCGCAUCAUAUGUUCUGCGUCUUAUCCAAAAUCGCAACGAGGGUAGCUACGAGGGUAGCUACGUUUCCCUUUGGUCUCUCUGGUGCAGUCACUGCAAAGCGUAUAUCAGCGCCGCAGGCGGCGCAGUCUGGUCCACGCCAUUCAGCAGUUAUUACUGCGAUGUUUGUCUUGAUGGCGAUUUGGACGUCUGCACUACUUGCUACCACAAAGGAAAACGUUGCGACGAUGCAACUCAUACGUUACAAAAGCUAGGCUCGACAAGUCUAUGGUUUCCUGCCACACAUGAGGUUGUCAAAAUCUUUAAAGCUCAUGCGGCUGGUGGACAACAUGACCGAUUCACCCGGCUCCUCGCUCAAACCAUUACACGUAGGGCGUUCUUCAAGACCUCCCUUGGAUGGCACGGAACCGCAUCGAUGGCUAUGAAAACUGGAGACAUUGCCGUUGUCCUAUUUGGCUCUCGGAUACCUUUUGUACUGAGGAAGGAUGGCUCAAUGUAUCGCCUAGUAAGCGAUUGCUAUGUCCAAGGCUUAAUGGAUGGAGAGGCAUUAGAUAUGUUGCGGAACGGUGAACUUGAAUCAGAGAAGUUUCAGUUGAGAUAAAAACAAUAAAUCGUCCAACCGUAGGUAGGUUAAAUUAUGCAACUAUUAGCAGUUGUGACUAAUCAGUAGGAUAUUUGGUAGCUCAACUAGUGCAGGG